AUGAAGUUGGUUCUAGUCGUCGGAUUCCUCUGCCUACUGGCGGUAUACGCCAGGGAACUCGGCGAGGAGGAAAAAGAUCUAAUAGCAGCCGCGAGCGGCAAAUCAAGUCACCACGAAGAAGGUGGUGGCAAAGAGCACCACGCCCAUCAUCACCACGAGCACGGCGAAAAGGGCCACAAGGGCCACAAGGGGCAUCAUCAUCACCAUAAGGGCGAUCAUGGACACCACGGUAAGCACCACCAUGAGGGCCACCACCACGAACAUGGAGGAGGUCACAAAAAACACUGGGAUGAGCACGACCAUCACGGACACCACCACGAGCAUGGGCAUCAUCACAAAGGUGGCAAACACGGUCAUCACAAGCAUCACGACAAAGGGGAGAAAACCGACGGUUACCAUAAGAAAUACCAUAAGGACGACUUCCACAAGGAUCACCACUUUUACGACGACCAUCACCACGAAGGCAAGCACCAUAAGCAUGGACACCAUCACGGGCACCACGAGAAACACGGUGGAGACCACAAGAAAGGAGGACAUCACGAACACGGUCAUCAUGAGCAUCAUUUCGGCAAGCAUGGUCAUCAUGACAAGCAUCAUUAUGACGAAGACCAUCACGGACACAAGGGCCACCAUGGUCAUGAGGAGCACCAUCAUCAUCAUCAUGACCAUGGCAAGAAGGGCGGCCACCAUGAUCACAAGGACUGGGGCUUCCAUCACGGGAAACACUAA